AUUUUUUUAUAUCUUUAAGCUAAAUAUGCAGUCAAGAGGGUUUAAAAUGGCUCUAGUGCAGAUGAAAAUGCAAAGAGAAAAGGCUAAGAAUGUUCUCAAGGCACACAAAAUGAUAUCAGAAGCUGCCGAGGCUGGAGCUGAUGUUAUUGUACUUCCUGAAGCAUUCACUUGAAAUUAUUCCAAGUUCCCAAUCCUUGAGAAUGCAGAGCCAAUUGAUGAUUAUGAGACAAAUGAAGAAGCAACUGCAGCUAGGAUGCUGAGUGAGGCUGCUAAAGAGCAUUCUGUUUAUAUUAUUGGGGGCUCCAUUGCUGAGAGAAGAGAUGAUGGUAAAAUCUACAAUUCUUCCCCCUGAUUUGACAAAGAAGGUAACCUUGCCCUUAAAUAUACCAAGUGCCAUCUCUUUGAUGUUGAAAUUCCUGAGAAAGAUAUCAAAAUCAAAGAAAGUGACUUUUAUGAGUUUGGUGACAAUUUUGGAAUUUUUGAAACAGAAUACUGCAAAUUCGGUAUCGGCAUCUGCUAUGAUGCCAGAUUUCCAGAUUUCUCACAAGUCUUAUGUCGAGAAAUGGGUGCUGAAUUCUUGGUCAUGCCAGCUGUCUUCACAGCCCCUACUGGGGAAAUGCAUUGGGAUAUCUUAAGAAAAACUAGAGCGUUAGAUAAUCAAGCAUUCUUCGCAUUCUGAUCAGCUGCAAGACCAAUUGAGGACCCAACUCUCCAUCAAUGAUAUGGCCACUCAAGUAUUGUUGAUCCUUGGGGUAAAGUUAUCUGAGAUUCUGGACAUGAAGAGACAAUUGUCUAUUCUGAUAUCGACAUGACCAUUGUCGAAGAGUGUCGUAGCCAAAUUCCUUGCUAUUCUCAAAGAAGACAUGAUCUGUAUAAAUUAGAUAAAGUCACAUAAGUUCAAUGCUU